AUGGGACAGACUCCAACGUCUCAUUCAAGUAAUGGGGUAAACCAAGUGCACUUGUCCACGAACACCGAAUCAUACACCACAUCAGCUACUACAUAUACCAAUACCCUCAGUGAAGAAUCCCCGCUAUUCGUCCGUCCUGAUCCCCAUCAACAAGACGAAGAACAGAAAGCCGAGAAUAAUGAAAUCCCCGACGGAGGUCUCGUGGCCUGGACCCAGGUGCUGACCGGACAUUUGGUUGUAUUCAAUGUAUGGGGCUAUAUCACAUCCUAUGGUUUUUUCCAAGAGUACUACGUCAGUCAUCUCCAUGUCAGCCCAGCCAAUGCAUCAUGGAUCGGAGCCCUGCAGAUGUUCCUGGUCCACUUUUUGGCCAUGUUCUCCGGUCGAACCAUGGAUGCAGGUUAUCUUCGGCACUGUAUUGCUCUUGGAUGUUUUUUCCAGGUUGCCGGCGCGCUUGGGACCUCAUUUGGCACAAAACUAUGGCAUUUUUGGUUGGCGCAAGGCUUGGUCAGUGGAAUUGGCCACGGGCUUAUCUUCAGCCCAAUGAUCGCGCUUUACGCAACAUACUUCAAAACGAAGCGAGUUAUGGCCGUAUCACUGGCUUCUUGUGGCGCCGCGACUGGAGGAAUGGUUUUUCCUGUUGUCGCAUACAAGUGCUUUGACGUUAUUGGGUUCGCGUGGACGGUCCGAGUUAUGGCUCUGAUCAUCCUUUUUAACAGUGUCAUUAUUGUGGCAUUUACCCGAUCUAGGAUUAAGCCUCGCAGUCCCCCUCCUUGGGUUGACUUGAGUGCGUUCCGAGAGCGCUCUUACCUCCUUUUCUCGAUCGGGUCAUUUCUUAUUUUCGAGGGCAUCUAUUUUGCAUACAUCUAUCUCCGACAAUAUGCGCAGACCCACACUGGAUUUACUCCCUCGGAUUCCCUUCUCCUAUUGAUUCUAAUGAACGGGGUUGGCGUGCCCUCCCGCAUCAUAUCUGCAUUUGUGGCAGAUCGGUGGCUGGGUGCAGUGAGAACCUGCAUUGCAGUCUCUAUCCCUUGCGGCAUCGCCAUUCUAGGGUGGAUUGGUGUUCAUACUCAUACUGGCAUGUUCGUUUGGGCCACUGUGUAUGGACUGCUGGUCAACUGUGCCCAAAGUCAAUUACCCGCUGCCAAUGCAUACUUCGGUUCGAAAGACCCGGAGAAAUCGGGCACGCGUGUUGGGAUGAUCACCACGAUCAAUAGCAUUCCGCUACUGACUGGCCCAUACAUUGCAGGACGGUUGAUUGCCCUGCGAGGAGGCGAUUACCUGUACGCGCAGCUCUUUGGGGGUAUUUGCAUUUUGACCGGAGCGUUGUUCGUAGUCGGGUCUCACUUCUCGGGAGCGUGA